GUAACUCCUCCGACAUGACGAUUCUGCUCGGUAUUCUGGUGAUCCUGGACAUGGGUGCUGUCACGGUACAAGACAGGGACAGGACAGCCACGGCCCAGAUCGUGAUGGUCUUCAUCUCACUGAUGUUCGUUGCUUCGCUUGCGACGCUUUGCUUGGGAAUGUCCCGUUGCCUCGCGCAGAAGUUCCGCAAGCGCUUCAAGUUCUUCCUCUGCCACCACAAGCGCGAUGCUGGGGCGAUGGCCCGGUUGCUGAAGAUGGAGCUGGAAAGGAGGCUGCAUGGCACCCGGGCCUUCAUCGACUGUGAUGACCUCAGUGACCUAACCCAGCUGUUCAGUUACGUGGCGCAGGACACCGAGUCCUUUGUGAUUCUCGGUACGAAGGAGGUCUUCCUUCGAAAGUGGUGCAUCG